AUGGCAGCAUUUGGAAAGAACUUUAUUCUCGCAACGUUAUGGUUGUGCACGAUGUUUGCGACCCCUUCACAACAAAUAGAAUGCAAAGGUCACGAUAACUACAAAAUUGACCCUAUGGCUAGAGACCUGAUCCUGGAAUUACACAAUAGAAAAAGGAUGGAGACAGCGAGAGGUCAGUACAAAAAUGGUCGCAACAGCUUCUACAUAAGUUAUGGAAAAAACAUACUGGAAAUGAAAUACGAUUGUGAUCUGGAAACGAAAGCACAUGAGAUUGCUUCGGCAUGCCCUGAAACAGAAACUUUGCAGGCAACGCUUACUGAUCAGGGCGAGAAUUUCAUAAAAAUUAACAAAGAAUACCCAGAGAUAGGAUCACCAACACAAGCAGUGUACAUAGCAGGAACUACGUGGUUCGAAGAGAUUACGAAAAAUGGCAUCAAUCAGAAUUUGGACUUCACGCAAAACUUUGCGAAUAAGAAACCUACAGUAUAUCAUUGGUCCCAAAUGGUUUGGGCGAAGUCGUGGAAAAUUGGCUGCGAAAUAGGAGCCUGUGGUAAGUUUACCAUCGUAGUGUGCCGCUACAGUCCCAAAGGCAAUGUGGUGGGCCAAAAAGUUUACCAGCCAUAUCAGAGAUUGGCUUGCGAAAAUGGUGAAUCCCUCGGCUAUUCUUCUCUCUGUGCUUAUCCAUCCUAGAUAAAUUUGUCAUGCAAAUAAAUGUG